AUGAUAGCCGAACUUGUACACAAGCACGCCAGUGCUCACAACCGCCCAGAAAAUACUAUAUAUACCUAUGGAACCGCCGGUGUUCGCAUGAACGCCAACUACUUGGACUAUGCCAUGUAUGCCAUGGGCAUUCUUGCCGCGCUCCGCUCCAAGGCGCUUCUGGGCCAGACUGUCGGUGUCAUGAUCACCGCGUCUCACAAUCCUCCGCAGGAUAAUGGUGUGAAGGUCGUGGAUCCGAUGGGAUCGAUGUUGGAAGCAUCGUGGGAGACGUACGCUACCCGUUUGGCCAACAGCGCAGUUGAGGAUUUGGCGGGCACGAUUGAGGCAAUUGCGGCCGAGGCUGGGAUCGACAUGUCUGUUUCGGCACGUGUGGUUGUGGCCAGGGACUCCCGGGAUUCCUCUGCUCGCUUGAGUAAGGCGACUAUCGAUGGAGUCCAGACCAUUCCGGAUUCUGUUUUCGAGGACUUGGGGUUGAUGACCACUCCUCAAUUGCACUACAUAACUCGUACACUGAACGAUGCUGCCUUCGGCGAGCGUCUGGAGGUUGGCUACUACACCAAGAUGGCCAGCGCGUUCAAGAAGCUUGUGGACCUAGACUUUACUGACAAGAUCCAGAUCACUGUAGACUCUGCCAAUGGCAUUGGCGCUCCGAAAAUCCAGGAAUUGGUCCAGAAGUACCUCUCUGACUACGUCGACGCUGCCUUCGUGAACUCUGACUAUGAUAAGCCUCAAACACUCAACUCGGAUUGUGGUGCCGAUUACGUAAAGACCAACCAAAGACUCCCCAAGAACGUUACUCCCCAACCGGGCCUUUUAUACGGCUCUUUUGAUGGUGAUGCUGACCGUCUAGUGCACUACUAUCAAACAGAGGCAGGCGAGUUCCGUUUGCUUGAUGGCGACAAAAUAGCAACUCUUUUGGCAUUGUUCUUGCAACAGAUUCUUUCACGGUUGCCUCAGUUGGACCUUAACAUUGCUGUCGUGCAAACAGCCUAUGCCAAUGGCCUGGCUACCGACUAUGUCGAGGAUACUCUCAUUGUUCCUGUUCGCUGUACUCCUACAGGUGUGAAGCACUUGCACCAUGAGGCUGAAAAAUAUGACGUCGGUAUCUAUUUCGAAGCUAAUGGACACGGAACUGUCAUCUUCUCUCCAGAGGCUGAAAAGAAGAUCUUCAACUAUUCCGCCGAGUCUGAGGAUGAGAAAGAAGCUGCUCUUGUCUUGCAGGAGUUCACCAGAUUGAUUAACCAAUGUGUAGGUGAUGCAAUCUCCGACUUGUUGUGUGUUUUGGCCGUUCUCCACUACCUCAAGUUGUCUCCAGCUCAAUGGGACAAGGCUUACACCGAUUUGCCAAACAAAUUGGUGAAGGUCGUGGUCGCGGACAGGACUAUUUUCAAAACAACCAAUGCCGAGAGAACAUUGGUUGCUCCUGAAGGUUUGCAAGCCAAAAUCGAUGCUGCUGUCGCAAAAUACCCUAAGGGUCGUUCAUUCGUCAGGGCUUCUGGAACCGAGGAUGCCGUCAGAGUGUAUGCCGAGGCAAACACUCGUGCUCACGCCGAAGAGUUAAGUGAGGAAGUGAGACUUUUGCUUGUAGAGAGCUACGGCAAGCAGUAG